AUGUCGACACCUGAGUACCGAACACCGCAUGCAGCCGCUUCUACGAACCGCACGCUUCGAAACGCUUUCUCUGCCCUGAACAUGCACUACUCGGGCGACGAGGAGGACUCGGAGAGUGAUGGCUCUCCCAGAUCCUCUCCUAGCCGACCGCUCUCUAACUCCAAAAGCAUGCCAUCUCUUGUCCAGAAGGACGAUGUCGCUCAGCCUGGAUACAGCUCUUAUCCCUACAACAACACUAAUCAAGCAAGAGAAGGCAACGCCGACUACUCAGGGGCCGUAGAGCCUACCGCUCAGAUUGUGGCAAACCAGAUGCUCAUUCCUGAGGAAGCCCUCGCCGGCGGGUUCAUGUCCAUGAACGAAGUUGUCCAAACCGUCGCCGCUCUACCAGCUAACGUGGAUGCCAUUGCCAACAUCCCCCGAGAGUUCGACGCUCAGGCUGUUUACCCUGGAGAUGCCUGUCUCUUUGUGGCCAACCUACCUCAACACGUCGAUGAUCUCACCUUGAGGGCUUCUCUUACCAAGCAUUUUGGCAAGUUCGGCACAGUCUUCGUCAAGGUCAAGCGUGACCGCACCAGACACAUGCCUAUGGCCUUUGUUCAAUACACUCAAAUCAAGCACGCCGAUGUUGCGGUGCGUCAGGCCCGUGGAGAUAUGAUCCAUGGCCGUCCUAUCCGAGUUGAGAAGUGCGGCGGAAACCUCGCCUAUAUCAUCUUCCGCAAAGACACUCGCCCCGUUCGCGUGGAGGAGGCUCAUUCUAUUUUUUCCCGCCAUGGACCAAUUAAGAAGAUCGAUGUUCUUGACUACGAUGCUCAGACCAAGCUCGCCGUUCCUCCUAGUCUUCUUGUUCUGUUCUCUAGAUUUGACCCCAAACGCGAUGUCAUUCGGGACAUCGGUACUACUACGCCCUUCGUCAUCAUGGCUUUCGAUCCCAAGAUGGUUCAGAAGCGUUCUGACCGCCCAGCCGACGAUCAGACCUUCAUGGAGAUGUACGAAAAGGACUGUCGCUCAGUCUUCUUCGGCGGACUGCCUCAUUACGCUGACGAGGCUAUGGUCUACCGACUGGCUGGAAUCUGUGGGAAUGUUCGUUCUGUUGAUCUACGAAUUUCCCCUGACCAGGACGGUGGUCUCCCUCACCCUUGGGCUUUCGUCGAGUACGACGAGUUUGAUAUCCCUGACAGAGCCAUAGAAGAAUUCAACGGCAAAGAAGUUGAAGGCUGCUUCCUUCGGGUCGAACGAAAGAGAACCAAGCCCACCCCUGAAUCUCGUGUCACUGGUUCCCAAGUCAUUGGCACUCGUCUGCCCGACUCUGGUUCUCGCUUUCCCAAUUCUGGCUCCUCUCGUAUGUCUAGCUCUGGUUCUUCUCGCAUGCCUGGUCACGUGGAUGAUGCUCGCAUGUAUCCCUCACCUCUCCGCCCUAUCAAGCGUCCUCAUCGUCGCUUUGGCUCUCGCGUCGCCUCCACGGCCGCUGCCCCAAGCACCCAUCGUCGCAUGUUGUCGACUACCGGUCUGUCUCAAGAAGAACUAGAAUUUCUUAAGACUCACCGACCCGAAGACGUACUCGAGCUAGCGAAGGUGCAGCCACGACCGCUGCCAGUUCCAAAGCUGGCGGUCCCAAACACUAGAUUAGACGAGGUCACUCCCGUCCAAUCCCCUGAUAAGUACCCUCCCACCGCUGAGUCUGGAAACAUGGUUCGUUUCGCGCCCUCUCCAAGCACCCUGCCAUCCCACGCUGGAUCAUCCCCUAUUCCCCUUCAGAUACCUGCACCUCCCGCGGAGUUCAGUCCACCGAACCUUCGGGCUUUCAAAGACCGCCUUGCUGCCGGACACUCGCGGGUUACGGCCUUUUCGCCUGCUGCAGAACUUGCCGCGGUCCGAUGUGAGGUUGCUGCCGAAGACAAGGCCAACGGCAAGGGACACCGCCGUGCUGUGUCCAUGUUUAUCACUACGAACAACCUGCCUCCCCUUGACCUCUCGGAGAGCGACGACAGCACCUGGCGCGAGAGUGGAAGCUCGCAAGACGAGCAGGGGUCCCGGAAGAAGAAGGCCAAGAGAGGCCUUAUUCGACGUCGCCAUCUGUCCGAGGAGAACUUGAAGCGCAACCUCUUGUACCAGGCCAAGCUCAAGCGAACCUAUGCAUCUGAGGAGAACAUGCGCGGCAGACCUAUUUCUCGCGAAACCGUCCAACCUCGUGGCAAGAGUGGGAAGUCUCGCAAGAGCGAUGCCACCGAGCGAGCUCCUGAAGGCCAGCUCGUCGUUGCUUCUCAGCAAGCCCCUGAGGGUCAGCUUAUCGUUGCUGCUCAGCAGCCUAUGUACCAGCCUGCUAUGCCCUACACGCACAUGGUCCCUCAAUACCCUCCUCCGAUGCCACCCAUGGGCUACAUGCCCAUGCAGCCUCAAGCGAUGGCUCCCGCUCCCGCUCCUGGUGGCUUCACAUACAUGGACAUGCCUCAUCACCCUCACCCGCAGUUCCAUGAGCCUAUCCAGAUGUAUCCGGGCCCCUCUCACCAUCAGUACGCAGGCCCAGGACCAUCCCAGGUUCCGUAUCCCCCUCCCCCACAUCCCGCCCUCAUGUAUCAGGGGCAACCUCAGGUGCCCUUCCAUGAACACCACCAACGCGAGUAUCACGAGCCCAUGCAUGUGUCCCAAGAUGCUCGCAACCACCCAUACCAAAGCCAUGGUAGACCUCAGUACCAAGGUCGCCGCCAUGCUUCGUACGCGCAUCCUCAGCAGAUGCAUUACCAGGGGAAUUACAGCAGUAUGCCCCACUCUAACUUCGCUCCCCAUGGACCAGCAGAGUCCUACCACCAGAGCCGCCAGCGACUGGAAGCAGAGCGUUACCGUCGCUACAACUCUUAG